AUGCUCAACCGCAUCACCCCAAUCGGCCGCCUGGCCCAACGCACCACCCAAGCUCAAACCCGAAUUCGAACCUUCCAACCCGCCACCCGCACCUUCCGCACCAUCGCACCGCUGCGCACAACCCACCAGCAAAAGAGCGAAACGCAAUCCGGAGACCGCAACGUCCUCGAUCCUCAGCGAUCUGAGAGCUCCUACACCGGCACGGACAGCGAAGUCGCGGGCCACGACGCAGCCUUUGACCCUAGUAACACAUCACCCGAAGGCCAGGUUGAGCAGGCGCAGAAGGAGUCUGAGCAGCAGGGUAAAGUGAGUAACCCGUUGGAUAUGAGUCCUGGGAACUCAGAAGUCAGUCAUGCGAGGCCGCCGCAGGAGGGAGGUCCCGAUCAUAAUGCUGAGAAGGAGGGGCCGAGCUCGAGGGGGUGGACGAAGAAGAAUCGUGAGGUGAGGGGUGGGAAUAGGAAGUAUUAA